CCUCUUGUUGUUCUUGCCGGCUUUACCCUUGUGAUGUCUGGCCUCGAGCUCCUCCCUCUUGUUGUUCUUGCCGGCUUUGCCCUUGUGGUGAGGCUCGCGGGUCUUCAAGGCAUCUCCCUCAGGACCAUCGGGCUCAAUGACGGCCUCGAAGUCGUCCUCCUCCUCCUCCUCAUCCUCCUCAGUGGUAGCACGCUUGUUGUUCUUACCGGCCCUGCCCUUGUGGUGGCGCUCCUCAAUGGCGGGGGCGGCCAAGGCUGGGACAGCGUAGGCAACAAGGGCACCCUGUGUAGUAUUAGUAGGUUUUCGUCUCUAAUCCGGGACAGACUUCAUUGGAGUGGGAACUUACGGCAAGAGGACGGGCAAGGUCGCGGGGGCCGGUAACCUGGAAGCCACUGACGGCCGAAGAGGCAAGGAGGCCAGAGAAGGCCAACUGGAUCAGAGAAGGGGCGUGCAUUUUGAAUGAGCUGGUUUGAGAAAAAUAAAUAAAUAAAUAACGUGUAUGAAACUGGCCGGCAGCUAGCAAUGAAUGACAAUACAGUAAGAAGUGAAGCGAAUGGUGUCAAACCGAGAGACUAAUGCAGGGGAAUACCGAAUGAGAAUGUUUGUGUCGAACAGAAAGAGAGAGAGAGGCAGUUUGAGAGGUUUAUAUCGAACGAUGGUGGCAUGC